AUGGCAUUAUCACCAAGCAAUGGCAAAACCGUCCUGGUCACAGGCAUCAACGGGUUCAUCGGAUCAACAAUCGGGCUUCUGGUGCUGAGCAAGGGCUACACUCUCCGGGGCACAACAAGAAGGCUGGAAAGUGUCCGGAGCCUACUUGAGGGUCCAUUCAAGCCAUAUGCAGAUCGAGUCGCGAUAUUCGAGAUUGCAGACAUGACGGCGGCCGAUGCGUACAAAGACGCCGUCUCUGGCGUUCAUGGGAUUUUUCACGUUGCAUCGCCCGUGGCUUUUGACCUGUGCACGUGGGAUCAGGUGGUCGAGCCCGCCGUGCAGGGGACAUUGUCUCUUCUCGAAUCCGCACACCGGCACGCCGGUGGCCAGCUGCGCAGCGUUGUCGUCACCUCCUCCGGCACCACGGUGGUGACACCCGCGGAAGAUGCACCGCCAGGCUACGUCUUCACGGAAAACGACCAGAAUACUUGGGCCGUUCCGCUCGCGAAGUCGGUGCCUGCCGAAUUUCCCAAGAGCAAUAUCGGACCGCUCAUGUAUUCGGCCUCGAAAGUCGCGGCCGAGCAGGCAAUGUGGCAGUUCAGACAGGACCGGCGGCCAAGCUUCGCGAUCUCCAGCGUCCAUCCCUCCGUCGUGCUCGGCCCGUCGUUGAAUCUCCCCAGGAAUCCCCAGGAUCUGAAUGUGAGUCUGAAGCCAAUCUACGACAUCUACUCCGGCACCGAGUCAACGUAUCCGCCUCCAAUCGGGACGGCCUCAUUUGUCGACGUGAGGGAUGUCGCAGCCGUGCAUUUGUGGGCACUGCAACAUCCUGAAGUGGCGGACGGAGAGCGGUACAUAGCAUCCAGUGGAUUCGCCCCAACGCAAGGCAUGGUCGACGUGAUGAGAGAACAAUUUCCGCCUAAUUCACGCACCGCCCCGGGAGAGCCCGGCAAAGGUUAUGUCGAAGGCAUUGAUUAUUGUGAUAGGCGUGUGCCGGUGUGGUAUCCCAAGGAUAGGAUUCAGAUGUGUGGAACCAAAGCACACAAGGUCAUGCAAAUCCGCUGGAGAACGCUGGCUGAGACAAUCCAAGACACGGUUCUCGCUUUCCAGGAGUUCUAUGGCCAGAAAGCGGGCCAGAGCAAAGGAGAGACAGACCCUUGA